UUUUUGUGAUUUUAUUUUCUACAUUUACAUAAAUUUGUUAUUGAUUCUUCCUAAUUUUUUUUAGAUGAGUAGUUUGUAUUUUCGAACUUUAGAUAGAGAUGCCGGUAGAAGGUAUCAAGAGAAAUUGACGAUUAAAGGGGAGAUUCACCCUGGUCCAAUUGAUGAAGAUUUGCCUAAUUUGUCUUUUGGUGACCUUUUUAUGUACCUGGUUAUGUCUAAAAAUGCUUAUGCACCUGAAUGUUUAAAAAAUUAUAAAUCUUUAGAAGCAUAUAAUUUUCUUUUAAAUGGUAAAGUGUUUGAUUUAAAACUUUAUAGAAAUGAUCUUUUGCAAGUUUGUGUGGUUACUUGCUGUGUACAAGCUAGCCAAACUCUUGGUAAAUUCCAUUUACCAUGGGCUGCUAUUGAAUGUAGUGGCAGUAUACUUAGUGCUCAUUGUUCUUGUAAAGCUGGGCUCGGCGAAACAUGUUCUCACGAUGCUGCACUUUUCUUCACAAUUGAAGCUGCUAUCAAGGAAGGUGUUAAUGACCCAGCAUGUACGUCACUGCCUUGUAUGGGGAAAAAAUCAGCUAAAAAGGAAAGCCAUCCGGAUGCACCUGUUUCAACUCUGUUUACAGAUAGUGAAGACACGCAGAGUGCAAGUAGUGAUGUUGAAAUGGACUCGCCAUUAGCACCAAAUAUGAUUGAUUUAGUUCAAAAAUUAUAUCCUUUAUCAACUCCCUUAUCUAGCAAACAAAAAGUUGAAGAAAGCCAUCCGGAUGCACCUGUUUUAAGUGAAGACACGCAGAGUGCAAGUAGUGAUGUUGAAAUGGACUCGCCAUUAGCACCAAAUAUGAUUGAUUUAGUUCAAAAAUUAUAUCCUUUAUCAACUCCCUUAUCUAGCAAACCAAAGGUUGAAGUUGUUAUGAAGCAGCUUGAAUCAAUCCGUGUGGACUGUGAUAACAUAGAAGAGGAGACCCGUAAUCAGGGUAUGUCUAGUACCUGGAUGCAUCACAGAAUGGGACGCAUCACCUCUUCUAUGUUUCAUAGAGUGGUUCACUGUCGAACUGGACAGGCUGGUAUUGUGAGAAAUAUAUUGCAAAUUGACAAGCCAUUCAGCUCUAAGGCAACACGAUGGGGUGUUGAAAAUGAACGGAAAGCUAUAUCAGCUUUCAUAAAAUAUGAAUCUAUAAAGCACGAAAGCUUUCAAUACUGUAGAACAGGGCUUCGGAUCGAUUCAAACUUUUGCUUUCUUGGUGCCUUACCAGACGGUAAAGUCAUGUGUGAUUGCUGCGAUCCUGACAGAAAACAAAACGAUUGGAGGUUCUCUUUAAAUCUGCCGGAGCUGAAAGUUUGAAGAAAGGUGCA